AGCUGACGAUCACGAGGUCCCUGCCUCGAUCCAACUCGAAAAGCGAGAUCUCGACAUAUUUCCAGAUGCCGUCGUUGAGGACUUUUCGGAUCGAAUUCGAUCGACCGGGCGCUACUUUUGCCCCUGGUGAAAUCGUCACCGGCAACGUCAUCGUCGACCUGGCCAGGGAGAAAUCUAUCCGAGCGCUAAAAUUGUCAAUUAAAGGAGAAGCUAAUGUUAGCUGGGAAAGAAGAAGAAGCACUAAGGAUUCUCAAGGACACAAUCACACCCACGUUGAUCAUUUUCGAGCGAAUGAACAGUAUUUUCACCUGACUUAUUAUCUAUUCGGGAGUACAACAGGUAAUGGGGAAAUACGGAUGCCAGAAGGGUUUCACAAAUACCCUUUUAAUUUUACACUACCCUAUAACAUACCAUGUAGCUUCGAACAUAAACACGGUCACAUCAGAUACACGACAAAGGCGGUUAUUGACAGACCAUGGAGAUUCGAUCACGAGUGCAAAAUUGCGUUUACCGUGGUUUCAUCGUACGAUUUGAACAUGUUCAGUCAACAAUGUCUAGGUGUAGACGACGAAGCGGCCGAAAGCUUUUGUUGUUUCUGCUGUUUCAAUAUGGGCUCGAUGAAAACGCGCAUUCGAAUACCAGUAACGGGGUUUGUUCCGGGACAAUCGAUAGAAACGACGAUCAAUUUGGAAAAUACCAGCCGUGUCAAUGUGAACAGAAUCUGCGUUAAACUAGAACGAUCCUUGGAAUUCCAUGCGAGAUCACCGUAUAAUACGACGAAAACGGAUAAAGCGGUCAUAAAAACUGAGAAAACUGCGGGACCAUUUGGCCAAAUUUCCGAGAUUGUGUCCAGAUUACAAAUUCCACCGAUACCGCCAUCCCAAUUGGAAUAUUGCGGCAUAAUAGAUCAGAAAUAUGUCUUACGCAUUACAGUUCACGUAUCAGGAAUGCAUUGCAACAUCACCAAAACUUAUCCGAUCUUGAUCGGAACAACUCCACUGCGUUCAGUAAUUUCACCUGUACCCUAUACUCAAGCCAUACCACAACCUACAGCUCCUGUAAUGCCAUACGAUGAUCCUCCUCCGCCGAUGCCGAUGUCCCCAGACUAUGCUCCACCGUAUACGCCUUAUCCAGGACCCUCCAUAGGCUUUGCGAAUCAACCUAGCACCUCGGCUAAUCAGUGGGACAUACCACCGCCCUCAUAUGAAGAGUGUUUGCAAAGAGCGGACAGCAUUAAAGAAGAAGAUGAAUCUAAUUAUGUGCAAGGUGCCAACGAGCCCUUCGCACCAAGAUAUCCAGUUUUUAAUUUCCCAACGCCAUAUCCACCUGGCAAAUAAGGUGAAAUAUCCAUUUGGAAAAUAAGACAGCGGAGGAAUCCUAUGUACUACCGACCAAAUUACUUCUAUAUUUGACGCGCUUUGCCAUAAUGCAGAAGCAAGUAUGCUAGAAAAACGCAGACUCCAAUCGCUGCUACCUCAUAUAUUUAAAUAUAUUAGUGUUUUUUAUGUAUAAAUUGUGAUUGUGUAUAUUUUUAUACUUUAUAACAUAUUCUAUUUACGAUUAUAAAUGUAAUCACGUUCUACAUCAAACAAAUAAUACGUAUUACAUAAAUAAUCCUAAAUAAUAAAAAAUCCAAUUUUAUAUAAUACGUAUUUUGUACAUCAACGUUUGUUUUAUAACAAUAAUUAGCGCUUUUGAACAUUGAAAAAACGUCAGAAGAUGGAGAUCCAUAAAGAGAAAUUUAUUGCAGGAGCAAUAAAAAUAGUUACGCGAAAAUAGUAUAUUUACACAAUUUAUUUUAUAUUUCAACAUCAUCAUAUCAUAAUCAUCAUCGAGUCAUAUAAUAGCAAAAGUAACGUUAACAAAGUUUCGAAUUUUUUGAACGGAUAGAUGAAAUAACGCAUAAUUAAAAUAACGAAGAGGAGAGAAGAAGGGGAGAAUUCAUCUCGAUAACUUCACAAAUCGGUUUGAAAUCGAUCUACAAUCUUGAAUGCGGAAAGUGGAGCAUGGAAAUCGGAGAUAUAAAGACAUGUAACGAAAAAGAGCUUGUGACAUAAUCGUGAACUUAGCACGAACGGUCACUCCUAUAUAUGUGAAAUGUUCUAUUCUACAAUUGUACUCCUUUACAGUUUUACAGCAUAGCAAAUGUACAUGGUACAACUAUUCACAUUCAGCCACCAAAUGCCCGGCAAACUUAUUUCAUUGUAGGAACUGAACCCAUCCAUCUUGAGGCGAUUAAAUACGCCGCCUUAAAUACUGCGAAUAUAUCGAAUAUCUAUCGCACGAUGUUGCUAUCGGAUGAUUGCGAAAAACGAUUGAAAAUGUUCUCAUUCCGAGAUCUCAAAUAUCCGCAAACUAUUCUUACUUUGCUUUAAUACCGCUUACACAAAUGAUCUUAAUUAUCAAAACUUAUCCUUGUUAUAACGCAAAUAUUGUCGACAUCUAUAUAUUUCUUCGAUGGGAUCAUUUUUACAGCUUCUACACUUUUACACUUUCAAUUUUAUAGAACUGAAGUGUCAUUCAGAAACAUCCGAAGCAAAAUCAGUAAGAAAUAAUGCGCUAAUUCAUAAUCUGCGAGAUAUGACUGACGUUCGAUGAAUGUGUACGAUCCUUAAUACAGUGUCCAUAGGAGUUCGUGCUAAUUCAAUAUAAUUCACAAUAUUGGAGUAAUUAGUGCAAUAAAAAUUCAUAUCAAAUACAAGAAUAAUUAAAAUCGAAAGAAAAUUCACAAACUAUAGAGAUUCUCAAUGUGUAAUUAUAUAAAAAAAAAAAUACCUAGCCAAGAAUCGCAAGUGUGGGCUUAUUUGACAAUAAACCAAACAAUGCUAUGCAAUGUCAUAAAAUCUGAAAUUAACGAAGAACUCCAAAUUAAUAUUAAAACAUUUAAUAUAAUGCAAAGAUAAUUUAAAAUAUUUGUGAACAUACAAAGAUAAGAGUAUCAAAACAUUUACAAAA